AUGGCAUCUGAACUCGUUGAUUUUGCAACAAGUGAUAAACUGGUUGAAGUAGAUUGGGCCAAGAACAUUGAGAUCUGUGAAUUAGUUGCUCGGGAUCAAAGGCAGGCUAAGGAUGUUGUUAAAGCAAUAAAAAAACGCCUGGGGAGCAAGAGUCCUAAUUCUCAGUUGUAUGCAGUGAUGUUGCUGGAGAUGUUAAUGAACAAUAUUGGAGAAGCUGUUCAUCACCAGGUGAUUGAUGCUGCCAUUUUGCCAAUUCUUGUGAAGAUAGUGAAGAAAAAGACAGACUUACCCAUCAGAGAGAGGAUAUUUCUUCUUCUAGAUGCUACCCAGACGUCCCUCGGUGGUGCUUCUGGAAAGUUUCCUCAGUAUUACUCGGCAUAUUAUGAGUUGGUGAAUGCAGGAGUAAAGUUCCCUGACAGAUCACGUGAAGUACCAUCAAGUCAUCCUACUCCCCAAUCAAAUAACAGGGCUGAUCAUCCCACUUCACAAUUGAAUAAUGGAGCAAGGCAUCCUACUCCACAAUCAAAUAACAAAACUACACUUAAUCAGGAACUUGCUACCUCUCGGCAGAAAGCAGAGCCCCAAGCCCCUCCAGAGUCUAGUAUUCUUCAGAAGGCUGGUAAUGCAUUAGAAGUGCUGAGAGAAGUUCUUGAUGCUGUUGAUUCUCAAAACCCCGAGGGAGCAAAGGAUGAGUUCACUCUUGAUCUUGUGGAGCAGUGUUCAUUCCAAAAGCAGAGAGUAAUGCAUCUGGUGAUGACUUGUCGGGAUGAGAAAGUGGUUUCUAGAGCAAUUGCAUUGAACGAAGAGCUCCAAAGAGUUCUGACUAGACACGACGAUCUUAUUGCUGGCAGACUUGUGAAUUCGAAUAACUCUAGGGUUUCAGAUAUACCUACUUCAACUGCAAACCGUGUUGAUCAUGAGGUAGAUGAGGAAGAAGAGGAAGUUGAGCAACUCUUCCUAAGGUUACGUAAAGGUAAAGCUUGUGCAAGGCCCGAGGAUGAGGUGAACACAAAGGAGCAACACCAUUUGGGAUUGUUUGCUUCUUCCCUUCCACCCAGUGAAAUGCUGAACCGGCCCCUUAUACGGCCAGUUCAGUCAGGUCAAGCACAGGAUGAGGGUGGCAGAGAGGCUGGUCCAGUUUCUAUCCCACCCCCGCCCGCUAAGCAUAUGGAGAGGGAACGGUUCUUCAAGGAAAAUAAAGCCGAUGGCUCUGCGGUGUCUGGCCAUAUGAGAGGUCUGUCAUUACACAGUCGCAAUGGCAGCAGUUCUCGUAGUGGAAGCAUAGAUUUUACUGAGUAA